AUGCCUUGCCCGCAACCGGAACGAAACGCCCAUUGGUCGGAACCAAAAGUUAGGCAAGAAAAUGCCCACCCCUACACCCCCACCCUCAAUCUUCUCCAACCACCGAUCGAACCCCCUCCUUCCCUACAAACCAUCUCCAGCCCUAACCUUCGACCGGGCAAAGCGAAGAUGGAGAACGAGAACGAGAACGAGAACCACUCGAUCUCGUGCCUCGUUUCUCCGUUCGAGCUCAUCCGCAACUGCGACCUCCCUCCCCCGCAGAAGCUCUUCCCCGGGAUCGACGACCCGGCGGCGAUGGGGCUAGGGGACGAGAAGCGGGGGCCCCGGCCUCACCCGGGGGACGGGAGGCUGGAGCUCCUCAGGGCGCUGCGGCUGUCGCAGACGCGCGCGAGGGAGGCGGAGGAGAGGAGCGCGGAGGCGGCGGCCGAGAGGGACGCCGUCGCGACCGCCCUGAUCGGGGAGGCGGCGAGGUCGGCGGCGUAUCGGCGGUGGGUGAGGGUGCUCGAGCUCGAAGUGGCGGCGUUGAGGUCGAGAACGAGGCGGCGGGAGAGGGAGGAGGGAGACUCCGCGGAGGAGGAGGAGCGGCGGGCUUCAAUGGCGUGGAUGGUGGCUUUAGCCAUCCCCCUGGGGAUUGCUGGUAUAGGACUGGCUUUGGCUUCUAGAUAUCUAAUUUAACAUAUUAUUAUUAAAAAUAAAUCAUUUAUUUUUCGCGAAACUCAAGAGAAAAAUUACCUGCAUUACAAUCUUAAAU